GUGUGUGUGUGUGUGUGUCCAGCUCUCCCCUCCAUUAAUCAGAGCUGGGGGUAGGUGGACUUGUCCUGCCCCGGUGGAUUGCACAUGUCAUUCUUCUUGGAGUGACUGCUGUGACUUGAUGUGAUGUCAGCAAAGUGUAAAAAGCCCGGAUCCCACGCUGCUGCUGAAGAAGCUUAGCUAGGAAAAUGUGACAGGGUCUCCGCAGUGCAGCCCCUCUCCAUGCUCCUGCUAGAGAGAAGAGCCGGGUGACUUCCAGUUGGCUGCUGCUGCUGCAGAAGAGCAAGAAGUCCCCAGCCAUGGCCAGCUCGGCUACCUUGGAGCAAGUCCUACCCACCUGCCUGGAAGGGAGAACCAUGGCGUCCAGCACCCCCAAGAGCCUGGCCUUCUCCAUAGAGAGGAUCAUGGCCAAGUCUUCGGAGCCCAGACCUGCUUUCUUUGACCACAGCCGAGCGCUAGCCGACUCUGACGCCAAGAAGCUGCUGAACUUGUGCUCCCCCAUCCCAUGCAUGAUCCCCGUGCAGUCCUUGGGCUAUGAUGUCCACCCCAAGUCCCUACUCAACUACCCGGAGAUCUGGAAGAGCACCAUGAGGUCUCCAGUGUGCGGCUCCCCCGGCUUGUGCAAACCCAACUGUGCCAUGUGCUGCAAGAACGACCUGACCCUGGGACAAUCUGUGGUGGCCAACAGCAGGGUGAUCAAACCUCAGGUCAUCAACCAAGCGGUGGGCAUACCAGGCACUAAUGCCCCCCUCUACUACUUCAACUACCUGGACUCUACCUACAGCCCCUCGGACCUCUUCAUCCCUUCCCAGGCGUCUCUCAGUGCCCACCAUAAACUCUACCUUCUGGAAAAUGCCAAGCUCUCCGGACUGUCCCCAGAAAAGUUCCCCAUGGCCCAGUACCCCCACAAGGAGAGGCUGCCUGGCCAGUUGGACCAGGUGAUGAAGGAGAACACUGUGGACAGAAACCCUAAAAGCCACCCCAAACUUGGUUCCAACCCUUUAGAUGGCAAACCCAAAAUCUUCACCUGUGAAGUGUGCGGCAAGGUCUUCAAUGCCCAUUACAACCUCACCAGGCAUAUGCCAGUACACACUGGGGCCAGACCAUUCGUGUGCAAAGUUUGUGGCAAGGGAUUCAGACAGGCCAGCACCCUGUGCCGACACAAGAUCAUCCACACGCAGGAGAAACCUCACAAGUGCAAUCAAUGUGGCAAAGCAUUUAACAGAAGUUCCACUUUAAACACUCAUAUCAGAAUCCAUGCGGGAUAUAAACCGUUUGUGUGCGAAUUCUGUGGCAAAGGAUUUCACCAAAAAGGGAAUUACAAAAAUCACAAGCUGACCCACAGUGGAGAGAAGCAAUAUAAAUGCACCAUCUGUAACAAGGCUUUUCAUCAGGUCUAUAAUUUAACAUUUCACAUGCACACGCACAAUGACAAGAAACCUUUUACUUGUGGGACCUGUGGAAAAGGGUUCUGUAGGAAUUUUGACUUAAAGAAACAUGUGAGAAAACUUCAUGAUAAUGUUUCCUCAGCUUCUAUGAAAGACAUUUCCAGGACUGCAGUUCAGAGCUAAAGAAAUAGAAAACUUCAAGGCUCAGCAGAUUAAAACACUGUGAAAAAAAA